GGGACGGCCCCGCGGCGAUGUGAAGGGCGAUGAGGCGACGGGGAGCCCGGGCGGACGCGGGGACGCGGCCGAGUGCCGGCUGAUGCCGGUGGUGGUUUUGGAGCGAGGGGAAGUGCCGCUGUGGCUGAGCGGCCGCAAGGCGGCGUCCCCGCUGGGCGGCCGAGGAGCCGAGAAGCAGCGACGUAAAAGCACCAAACUGAUCCCCGGGGAGGGCGGCACCUGCAGGAAAGCCUGCAUCAGCGGCUUCAGCGCCAGCCGCUGGGGGAGGCAACCGCGGCUCCGUCCGCGCGGGUACAAAAAUAAGAGGCAGCAGCAGGCGGGAAACUCCUUCGUCGGAGCGCAGUUGAGACGAAGAGGAAGGAAGAAGGGCGUGCAGAUGUCGGGAGGGGCGCGGGACGCUGACUGCUCGUUCCUCAAUAACUCCCACCACUGGGGUAGAAUUCGAGCAUCUCUAUCGUUCCAUAAGAAAAAGAAAGUGAUCUCAGAUGACAGUUCCUACGCCAGCAUCCUUUGUAAUCCCUUUGUGAAUCCCCAGCUUUCGGGGCACCAAGCAACCCUGUCUUCUAGUAAGGCUGAGAGCUACGCCUUGUCUGCUUCCUCCGUGAUCCUGCUGGCUCCCAUGAGUUCCUCUUCAGCCUUAGAGAUCACGCUUACAGAUGCAGAGAAGGUGUUUAGGGAGUGCCAGCAGGAGGAACCUAUCGCUUUUGAGGAUUGCAUUCCCUUAGAUAAGAUGAAAAACUGCAAGAAAAUCGGAGAAGGGGUGUUUGGGGAGGUUUUCCAGAUGGACAGUGAGAGAGGACCUGUGGCCUUAAAAAUAAUUCCCAUUGAGGGAACUGAAAGGGUGAACGGUGAAGCUCAAAAGAGCUUUGGAGAGAUCCUACCUGAAAUAAUAAUUUCAAAGGAGCUCAGUCUUCUGUCCGAAGAGUCCACAAAUAGGACUGUAGGGUUCAUCAGCUUGUACUCUGUGCACUGUGUUCAAGGGUCUUAUCCUAAUUACCUCCUAAAAGCCUGGGACACAUACAACAAGGCAACAGGAUCAGAAAAUGAUCGGCCAGACCUGUUUGGAGAAGAGCAACUCUUCAUUGUUCUGGAGUUUGAAUUUGGAGGCAGUGAUUUGGAGAACAUGAGAAAGAAACUGAGUACUGUGGCUUCAGCAAAAAGCAUUCUGCACCAGGUGACUGCUUCUCUGGCUGUGGCAGAACAGGAACUGCACUUUGAGCACAGAGACUUGCACUGGGGGAAUGUGCUGGUAAAGAAAACAGAUGCAAAGGAGCUUAGCUACGUGUUGAAUGGGACUACGUGCACAAUCCCCACAGCAGGCAUCCAUGUCAACAUCAUAGAUUACACCUUGUCUAGGCUGGAGAAAGAUGGGUUAACUGUCUUCUGCGACCUUUCCACUGAAGAAGAGCUGUUUCAAGGCACAGGGGACUACCAGUUUGAUAUCUACAGGCAAAUGAAAGCGGAGAACUCCAACGGCUGGACUGACUAUCAUCCACACAGCAAUGUCCUCUGGCUCCACUACUUGACAGACAAACUUUUGAAGGAUGUAGUGUACAAGAAAAAGGAAUCAUCUUCUGCCAUGAGAAAAAUAAAGCAGCAGCUCACAAAGUUUCAUAAAGAAGUACUGACUUUUGGGUCUGCCAGUGAAGUUUUAGGCAGCAGCAGCCUCUUCCAAUGAGUAAGGGAGUGCAGGGCUUCCAAGAACUGACGCUGCCCUUCUCCUUUGCUGUCUUUAAUGAAUGGUCUUUUAAAUGUUAGCAGAAUGAAGUGUUAACAUCAGUUAGCAAUGUGAAUGGUAAACUAUCAAAAAUGUGUAAAAAACACACAAAAAAAGUCUUCUGCUCCAGCAUGUUUCCAUAUGUACUGUCUUUGAGGGAUGAGGGUGGAAAGGAAAUGGAUUCGACCCUGGGGAGGAGGGGGAGAAGCCUUCAGGCCCAGUUCAUGUUUUGAAUUCCACUUAGGUUAUUAAAAGUUCUUUCCUCAUUCUACUGAUUUUCUUACCAAGUUCUUUGCUUAAAAACAAAAUCAACCAAUCAAUCAAACAAACCUCACUAUGCUGCAGACAGGUGAGCUUUGUUAGCCCAGCCAGAGAAAGGGGAGCAGGGCACUUUUUGAUGUAGUUUUCAAAACGACCUUUUGUUCAUUUGGGCACAGUUUGUACUUGGCGUGAGGCUAUAAAAGGUAAAUUUCCUAAAGUUUCUGUAGUUUGGCUUUUAAAAGCAUUCUAAUCUGCAAUAAUAUGUUUUUUUUUUUCCUCUCUGUGAGGACCAUUGUUAAUGUGAAAACAUACUGUGUUAUUUUUAAAAGUACCUGUGCUCUUGAUGCAUUUUUGACAGCUGUGACCUUGUAUGCUGACAGGAUCCCAAAGCUGUGACCUGAUGGUAGCAUUAAAGUGAUUUUCUCUGUUUGUCUAGAGAAGAAAAUGCACAGGGGUUCUUUAGUCUUCAUGGCAACUGGGUGAGACAAACUAAAGCUGAAGGUAUACUUAUAUCAAAUUUGAAUUCUUUGUUUUCAAGAAGUCCUAGGCUAACAUUCACAUACAUCAAAGAAACUGGCCUGCAGAGGAAGAUAAAUCAAUCUAAGUGAACAUUCAAUUUAAUUAUUAUUGAAAAUUAGUACAUCCAGUGACCCAGGUGCAUUAAGGAAUGAAGAGGAAGAACCUCCCCAUCUUCAAGGCUCUUACUUUUGCUAUCUUAAGCUACAGAAGGCAGCCUGACAAUCUGCACUGCUUGAAAUUGUUAAGGUGGAAAUCAUACUGGAAUCCUACCAGGCAUCCUCUCCAUCCUUUUUCCUCUAAUUGACUUAAGUAAUGGAACAUAAUUGAAUAUUUUUAAAGCUUACGUGGUAAGGGCUGCAGUGAAUGUGUAUCUGACAUCAAAGACGUGUUCUUCAGUCAGAAUGGUGCUAUUUUCCAUUUAUGCUUUGAAAUAAAUAAAUUUUAAAAAAAAGCAGAAUGGAUAAAAACAACUUUA